UGAACUUGAUCCCUUCGACAUACACACUCUCAUUACGAUGAUUGGAAUAACGACAUCUUGACGGGCGACAGCACCUCAAGCUCAUUCGAACAUGCCCCCCACACCAACCCCCACGGAGAUCACUCUCCGGAUCAAGGUUCCACCUGGAUACCUCCCUCCCUCCAUCUCGGCCACCUCCACCGAUCCAGAACAGUUCAGCCUUGGAACGAUACCUACCGCCACCACCCUUGGAGCUCUCCGCUUGCAGAUCCAAGCGCUGGUCCCAACACAUCCCGCUCCCGAGCGGCAGAGAAUCCUGUAUGGCGGACGAGCAUUGGUAGACGAGGAGCAGACCAUCGGUGAUGCUUUGAAUGUCAAGCGGGAUCCCACCCAGGGCGAUUAUGUUGUGCAUCUGCUCGUCAAGGGUGAUGGUGUGCCAAGCAGAUCUUCUACACCCAGUGGACACAGCAGGACGGCAAGCAUGCCGGUGGCAGCGACAAACCCACCAGGCGCAGUACAGCCGCAACCGGGAUUGCCCCCUUCCUUCACACAGUCCUCCUUUCUGCAGCAAGCACACAUGAUGCAGCAUCAUCAGGCGGUGGCUAGACAGCUGGAAAUGCAACAACAAGCCCUUCGGCAGCAACACGGUGUUGCGCCCGGUCCCAUACAACAGACCCCAGUCAACGGUUCGAACCAGGCGGCAGGUGGUCAAUCACCAUUACCCGGCCAGGUCAACGCGCCCUCACCCGCACCAACACAGCCUGUCGGACAACAGCCAAAUCCGCAACAACGUGGCGGUCAAGGGUUUCACAUUCAAGGGGUUGGACCAGAUGGCCAGCGGUUCCAAAUCCAGCAGCACACCAUCCACGUCCCGCACGGGCAAGUCCCCCACGGCGUUACAGGGCAAAUACCUUUCGGUAUGAUGCCAGGAGUGCAGAAUCCGACGAAUGGUGUGCUCCCGCCGCCGCUGCCCCAAGGUGCGUUUGCUCAGAGACCUGGCACUGGCCCAUCAGCCUUGGACAGAGCAAGGGAAAACAUGGCGGAGAUGCGGAGGAUGCUUGACGAGCUUGCGAGCCAGACGGACGGGAAUAACGACGGAAACGCAGUGCAAGAGAGGAGACGGAGGAUCGAGGAGAUCCAGGGAAGAGUGCGGAGUGUGGAAAACUACAUCGACCCUUUCCGUAUGAGCACUGCGACCACCAAUACUGGCGCCGACACGAGUCGAGACGGAGGGACGAGGUCAACAUCUCCAAGGCCUCCCGCUCCUGCGGCCGCAAUGCAGAACCCCGCGUGGCCCUGGGACGUGAGGAAUAUACUCUCUCAAAACCGACCGCCAGCGCUUUUGGGUCUUCCGCCACUGCCACCACAGCAAGCACAACGAUCGCUUCGCCCCUCGACGGAUGUCACGGCAUACCUACUUUCCUCACCUCAAGGCCCGCAAGCCAUCCUCUUCUCACCCGAGCAUGGCACCUACACUGGCUCAAUGCUUACCGCAAACCCGCAGCCGACAUCCGCACACGACAAUGCCGCACCACAACCGCUCCAGCCCCAACAACAAGUAGUCGCGGCACCCAACAAUGUGCCGGCCGAUCCAGUGGCACAAGUAGCGCAGCGUCAGCUCCUCGAAGUAGCCAACGCGCAAGCACAAGCAGGGAACGACGCCAACGGCAACCCCCAAGCACAAGGCUUGCAGCCGAUUCUCGGCCACUUCUGGCUCUUGUUCCGGAUCCUCGUCUUCGCCUACUUCCUCCUUGGGACGAAUCUAGGCUGGCAGCGGCCUUUGAUCCUCGUGGUCAUCGGAGUGGGAUUCUACAUGGUUCGGGCGGGCUUGCUAGGGGACGGAGGCGUGGUGAGAAGGUGGUGGGAGGGCGUGCUUGGCGCACAGGCUCCGGGCGCUGCUGAUGGACAGCAGGCUGCUCCUGCCGCGGCGGCGGCGGGACAGAGAGCGCCAAUGCCGACGCCCGAGCAAGUGGCUGCGCGGCUUUUGAACGAGGCGGACGCCAGACGACGCGAGCGCGGAAAUUGGCUGCGCGAGCAAUUGCGGCCCGUGGAGCGUGCGGUGGCGUUGUUUGUGGCGAGUCUGUGGCCCGGGAUUGGGGAGGGUUAUGUGCGGGAGCAAAGACGUUUGCGGGAGGAAGCGGAGGCGCAAGCCCGGGCGGAGCAGGUGGUGGAAGGCAGUGGGGAUGCGGGGGCGGGAGCGGGAGAGCAGGAGAAAGAGAAAGAGGGCGUGGGUGAGGGAAGUGCUGGAUCUGGAGCUGGAUCUGGAGUGGGCACGACUGCUGGGGAAGUGAGAGGGGGCUCGACUGAAGAGGGAAGCGGGACCCAAGGCAAUUGAUGAGAUUCGAUGGCGGUCAUUAGGUGUAUCUCUACGGUUCACGAACUACAUGUCGCGUGAGGUGAGAAGUAUCUCGACCAGAUAGACAGAACUCACGUCGAGCAUGCACGUUCUUCCCAACCCGAGCAUUGUCCGAAUUGGGCCGCUUGGGCUUGUCGGGCUUGCAUCGCGGCUUCCCCAAAGGGUGAGACACGGCGGGCGCUAGGCUUCUCCCGGCGCCAAUUUGGG